AGUCUAUGAAUGAAUGAGUAGCUAAAGUACAACGUGAUUUACGGAGUAAAAUAAUUUUAUUGAAAACCUCGUUUGAUCAAUUACUUAUCGUGGUGAGUUGAACGUUUUAGCAAAUAUUAAGCAUGUCAGUCGAAUCUCCUAUUCCACCUCCAGUUUUAUGGGCUCAACGCAAAGAGGACAUAUUCCUCACAUUUAGCGUGGAGUGUAAAGAACCGACAAUUAAAAUAGAAAAGGAUUCAGUUCAUUUUAGAGGUGUCAAUGCCCAAGACAAGAAAGUUCUCGAAGUGACCAUACCAUUAUACGAUGCUGUGCUUCCUGAAAAUAGCGGAUUCGUAAAUAAAGGCCGAUGCAUAGAAAUGGUGCUACGCAAAGAAAAAAAGGACGCACCAUACUGGCCAAACUUAACGAAAGACAAGAAAAAACCACAUUAUUUAAAGGUGGACUUCAACAAGUGGAGAGAUGAGGAUGAUGAAGACGAAAAUGGUGGUGGUGGUAACGAUAACUAUGGGUUAGAAGAGUUGCUGCGGUCGAUGGGAGGCGGUGCCGGCGCGGGUGCCGGUGACAAGGCUGAUAAACCUUCUUUUGAUGAUUUAGAAAGUGACUCUGAUGAUGAAAAUCUACCAGAUCUUGAAUAAGCCUGUUGUAGUUUUAAUACUUAUAUUUAUCUUUGGCAGUACAUUAUGUAUUAAGGUUUUUACAGUUAUAAUAAAAUCGUCAU